AUGACCUACUUGGAUCGAAUUUCGAAGACCACCAAGGAGUUGUUGGAAAGAAGGACUUUGAGGCUUGAUCCAAAAGCAUCGCACAUUGAGCGGUUAAUAGCAAACAUUAGCUGCAGAAAAGCGUUGCAGGAGGAUAUUUCGAAAUACAGGCAGAAGAAGAUUCUGAAAGCAGCACAAAGAAGAACGAGUCUAAAGAAGCGCUGCAGGAAUCUCCGCAAAUAUAAUAUUCCGCUAGCAAUCCUGCUGAGCGAAAACGGGACUCGCACAUCUUCUCGUGGUGAGAUGAAAAUCAUUACGGAGAGGUUCUACUCGAAGAUUUUCCAAUCAUCAACUCCUGGGUCAAGCCCAAUCAUCCCCACUGGUGAAGCCCCACCACAGAUUCUCACUUCGGAAGUACGAGUUGCUAUCAAGAGCAUGAAACCUGGCACAACCCCCAGACUUGAUUUUAUAUUAGCAGACUUUCUUCGCUGGUGGCCACCCACUUCAUGUAAUCUUAGCAGCGCACAUAACAUCCUACCUUCAGAAAGAAAGGAUCAGUGGAAAUCAGACCAGUGGAAGACCUCGUUCUUAUCCAUAAGAAAGUUCUUAUCCAUAAGAAAGAUCAUCCUCACGCGCAUUUUGAGGACGUUGGAUGAAGCCCAGACUCAAGAACAAGCUGGAUUCCGUAAGGGGUACUGCUUGGACCACAUCCAGACCAGAGUGUCGAGGGUCAUAGAGGUUUGCAGGAAAUACCACCUGCCCCUUGUUCUAACCUUCGUUGACUAUGAGAAAGCCUUCGACAGCGUAGAAACGAAUGCAAUACUGUCAGCGCUGGUCGAUCAAGGUGUAGAUGCCUCGCAUGUGAGGGCAUUAGCCAACUGUUACGAUCGAUGUACCACUAAGAUACAGCUUUUCCAUCGUCUCCUCACCAUACCCAUUGGGAAGGAGGUACGACAAGACGAUACUAUAUCGCCGAAGCUGUUCACGGCUGUAUUGCAAAUAAAUACAAAUGCAAAUGGAUCACUACGUUGGGAAGAAAGGGGCAUACGUGUUGAUGGAAGAUUUCUCUCGAACCUUCGUCUCGCGUACGACAUCGUUCUCUUUUCGAGCAGCACCAAUGAAGCAGAAACGAUGCUCAACGAAUUGAACGAAGCAGGGAAGAAAAUAAGACUGCGAACAAACAGAAAGAAGACACAGUUCAUGAAGAACGCCUAUUGCGAGAAUGGAGGAGUACAACUUGAAGGCUCCCAAAUCGUGGAAACUUCGUCAUACGUAUACCUCGGACGUUCUAUGAACAUGGAAAACGACUUGAAGGAAGAACUGAAUAGAAGAAUGAGAGCAGCGUGGGCAGCAUUCGCACCCAUCAGGGAAGCUACGAACCAACUGACGGACCAAGGUCUUCGCGCCUAUCUGUUCGACUCGACAGUUCUUCCAGCGCUAUGUUACGCAGCAGAGACGUGGGCAGACACUGCUGCCACGUCUAGGAAGCUAUUUACUACCCACAGAGCCCUUGAGAGAUGUCUUCUGAAGUUUAACCGGCGCACACAACACCUAGCCGGUCUUCGCAGCUCCGACUUAAGAGCAAUGUCCCGUCUUCGCGAUCCAGCAGAAUAUAUAUCGAGAGCAAAGUAUAGAUGGGCCGGUCACAUUAUGAGAAGAAUCGAAGACAGAUGGAUCAGAAGAACGCUAGAGUGGAUCCCAAGAGAUGCAAGACGCCCUCGAGGGAGACCGACAACGAGAUGUGGUGACGUGUUCGCUACACGGAUGGACCAGCUGAGAGCUCAGCUGGAUACAGCUCAAAGACCUCGUCAACGUCACUCACGGAAUCUGAGAAGAUCUUGGAUGACAAUGGGAAGCGAACAAAACGGGUGGAAGAAAUGUUGGGGCCCGCAGUCCUGGAAGAUGGGGCAUCCAAGUCUAAAUUUCGUAAACCGAAUAAAGUAUGGUGUGGUGACGCACCAGUACCGGCUCUUUGGUAUAAGAGCCUAUUUGGUUUCGUCGCGCUCAACCGCCGGACAUUGCCGACUUGAAGACCAGCGAUGCAAGAAAGGAUUCUGCGCAAUACAAAUCCUAUGCAUUUUCAAAAUCAGCGCGUACAAUCCGCAUAUGACCGCAUCUUACAACCAUACUUCAUGUCCGGAUUAUAACGAGCAUACUAGUUAUAACGAUUAUAAGGAACACACAAAAUCCUAUGAAAGAACAUCGUUCUACAAAUACGACUUCUCACUGGAAAAGAAAGCUCAAGCAUUUGCGGAUAAGUGUGCUCUCGCCUUUCCUUGGGUGAAUGCUGGCGAAAACACUUAUGUCCUUCAAUCAAAAUCAAUUCCAGUGUCCGAUGCAUUAAGGAAGUCUAUGGAAGAAUGGUGGGAGGAAAUCUAUUCCACCUCCGUGGGGAAGAAUUUAAGAUACACUUCGAGGUUACAAGCGAAGCGAAACGCACCUACGAGAUUCACUCAGAUGGCGUGGGCUAAUACCUACAAAGUCGGAUGCGGGAUAAAACGGUGCUCCUCCAAGACUUUCGUAGUCUGCCGCUACGAUCCACCUGGAAACAUCGUCGACAAAAAGAUCUACGAACCAGGCUACGUAUGCGCAGCAUGCUCAGGACAAUGCCUUGCCUCACUUUGUCCAACACCUGAAGACUAA